AAGAAGAAGAAGAAGAAGAAGAAGGCGUCACGAUUAAAAUGGCAGUGCCUACAAUGGAGAGUGGAGAAGAUGCAUUUAGAAAAAUCUUCAAGUUCUACAAGAGGAGAAACCCUCCGCCAGAUUUCAGCCAUGUCGUCGACUUCUCCAAAGGUGUACCGAGUGACAAGAUAGUUCCACAUACACUGGACCCAGCUGCAGUGAGUGAUGUGGAGGCUGCCAGGGUUGGAUUACAGCCUGUCAGAGACUGGAGAGCCUUUGGUCUCCAGGGCUACCCAGAUGGCGCUGACAGACAGACAGACAGAUGGAGCAAGCGGCAAAUUGGGUUCAUCUUGAUCUCCAAUCCGUUCCUGCUGGGUUCCCAACCAUUCUGGGUCAGACAGUGUCUAAAAUCCUACCCUCAGAAGCCCAAUGUCUGCAACCUGGACAUGCACAUGUCUCCCUCUGAAACCCAGGACAUCUGGGGCAAGAGUGUUCAUAGCCUCAGUUAUGCUUCCUCUGCAAAGAGAGAACCUAAGACUCCACUUGACAGGCUGCGCUGGGUCACUCUGGGAUAUCAUUACAACUGGGAUACCAAGACUUACUCUGCCAACAAUCACAGUCCUUUCCCAUCUGAUCUCCACUCGCUGUCCUGCCAAAUAACAGCUGCCUGUGGGUUCCUGGGAUUCAACGCAGAAGCUGGAAUCCUUAACUACUACCGAUCUGAUUCAUCUCUGGGAAUCCACGUGGAUGAAUCAGAAUUAGAUCACAGCCGACCGCUGCUGUCAUUCAGUUUUGGACAGUCAGCCAUCUUCCUCCUGGGAGGCACCCGCAGAAAGGACCCUGUCACUGCUAUGUACAUGCACAGUGGGGAUGUGAUGGUGAUGUCAGGACAGAGUCGUCUCCUUUACCAUGCUGUCCCACGCAUCGUUCCUGCACCCAAGGGACAUAGAGCUUUAGAGACAGAAGGCUGCAGCCUGGCCUCAUCCCUACAGGACAGUACUGUGGUGGAGCCUGUGUCUAUGGAGGACUGGGCAGUGUGCUCCAGGUACAUCCAGAGCUGCAGAGUGAAUGUGACUGUCAGACAGGUGCUUGGGCCUGGACAGAGCUUCCCAGGAACAUCCUCUUCUCACUCAAGAACUGAUGCAGUCCACACAGUGGGGUACCACGACAGAGCAGCAGAUGGAGAGAGCAGGAAGAGGAAGAGUAGUAGUAGCUGUGACUCUGUUGAUACUACAGGGACAUGACAGACCUCCUGCUGUUACACUUUCCUUGAGUCAUUUGCAUCUGAUCCCAGAGUCUUCCUUUGCAGUGAUAUUGUAUAAAUUGUUUUGCUAAAAAGCAGAAGCCACUUCACAUGUGCUCUUAAUAUUUUGGCUGGAAUUGGAGUUACCAUUUGUCUAUACGAACUGUUUAAUUGGAACAGGAAGGUCAAUGCACCCUCUAUGGGACUUUAUACAUUGUCCUCCAACUUUUGGACAAUGGUACUGAAAAUAGUCAGUCAAAUGUAGAGCGAUGACUCAGUCAAUCUAGGGAUGCACCGAUUUUGAAAUUCUGGGCCGAUACUGAUGUUUAGAUUAAGAAUUUGGCUGAUACUGAUGCUGAUGUUUUUAUAUUGUUGUUUAUUUUGUUUUUGUUGUUAUUUAUCUCCCCUUGUAUGCCAGGGAAACAAAGAAAUCUGCAAUUAAAAAAAUAAUUGAACUAUUUUAAAGUCAUUAAGCCCUUCAUUACAGUACCUUUGAACGAGCACAAAUGUAAUCAGAUACCUUUAAUAUAAUCUUUUACAUGAAAAACAUCUUUUUUUUUUUUUUUUUACAAAAAAAACUGCUUCAAAACUAUUUUUCCUAUGUAUAUAUAUCAUACUCUCCUCUCCACUAUCUGUUUGAUAUUGCCAUGAAAACACCAACAAAUAUAUCCUUCAAACAGCUGUAUUUAUUCAAGUUUACUGCCAAAAACUACAUUUUACAAGAUUACAUUUAAUGUAUGAUGAGAAUGUUAUCAUUUACCAUCGGCCAAUACUCAUUUUUACUGAAGAGAGCUUGAACGCAUCAUAGCGUAACUCAAUGCAAUCUCUGUCAGCCGUUAGUUGUGUCCACCAGCUGCUUAGGGGUAAGAAUAACUAGCUCUCCUUCUUCCAGUUUCAAAACAGAUUUGUUGUUCAAAAUGUAGCAUCAUCAGGGAAACAAUAGGGUGCAUUCCCUGAUGUGACGAUAGCCAGUUUACUGCGUCAUUUCAUCCUGAUGGCGUCCUGGGGAAGAUCUCUGUUAGUCACACAUUUUAUGUUGUCCCUGAGAUGAUGGGACACUGACUGAUACUCACCAUCUCGUCACACAGGAGUGAGAUCACAGAGCCCAUUUGCCAAACAGUCAUUGUAUUCUUCUUGUACCUGCUCAACAGAAAAACAAUGGUCACUGCCAUCAAUGAACAUCAUCUUCUUUGCCGAUAGGCCAGUGGCCGUCAACAAGGCAAAUAACGGCCAAUACCGACAUUCAGCCAAUAAAUCGAUGCAUCCCUUCUUAAAUCCAGCUGAUUCUGUUUCAUUGCUGAGGACCAGACUGAAUGAAAACAAAAUAAAUAAUACAUUUUAGUUCUAAUGUCCUUUUCAUCAAAAGAUCUCAAACAGACCUAGAUGGCUGCUGUACAUGCCUGCCAGAGUGUCAACAGGAAGAUACACAGUAUCUUGAUUAUGAAGAAUUUGUCACCAAAUUUUAUAUUAUAUAGUUAUGAAAUUUCUAACAUUUGGACUAUUUAUGUUAAUGGAUACAUUUGCACUCAAAUUAAAGCUGACAGUCGGAAUCCAGAAUUAGUGGGGCAGCAUAGCUAAACUAUCGUUCAUUUUGUGAUGAAAGGUACACUCAUUGUUGAAUAUAUGUUGAAUGAAUCUGGAUAUUGGGGCAUCACAAAUUUUAAUUCUGAGGACUGUGGCAGCCAUUUUCAAAAAUGGCUGCCAGUGGUUACUGGCAUGCAAUGCUUUGUCUGUCCUAUAGCUGCUGUUUCAUGUUUUUAGUGCCACAAAUAUAAUUUAGAGGCAUAUUAGUGGAAGUGGAAGAAGCUUUAUUAAAAUGUAAUAGAACAGAACAUGAGCUUUUUAAAAUGUUUUAUUAGCUUCUCAUUCACAGUUCACGGCCUCCUCUUUGGCUUGUCUUCCUUUGUUGCUCCUUAAAAAGCAAAAAAAUGAAAAUAUUUUUAAUCACUUCCCAGA